AUGUCAACGCCCACCACCCCCAACGCCCACUACUACCCGCCCCGCCCCACCUCCCUCAUCCACGCCUACUCCUAUCCCCAACCGCUCGGCCCUCCACCCGUCCCGUCGCCUUCACGCUCGCAUCAACACACUUUUCUCCAACACAGGACGUCGAGUCUGCGUGAUCCACCAGAGGGCGCGACGGGUUCGCCGGACGUAGGAGAGCGGGAAGGGGAGAAUCAGCGGCAGAUGUCGCAUCAACCACCGACGCCGGUGACCGCCAAUUCGACAGUCGGUAACCCCGCCCAGCCUGUCAAGGUCGCCAAGGGGAGAAGAAAGAAGGACGCGUGA